AUGGAGUUCUCUAUCUACGAAACGUCUUCAAUGCCUGAACUUGAUACUGCUUUCACGAAGGAUGAACACAUUGAGCCACCUUUCGAUUUUGAUUCCAUGAUUUCUACGCCGUCAUUUCCAAAUGCUAAUCCUGCGUGGGCAAUUUGCCAUGGCACCGAUCAAGGGAUGAUGAAGACAUCUCGUGAAUCGACACUCAAUGGGACAGCCGGAACAGCUAUUUUAGAGUAUUUGGAUUGGGAUAUGAAAUAUUCCAAGGACAGCACCAUCAUAAACUCAGCAAAGAUUGCCAAGAAGCUCCAGCGCAGGGUAUCUGUUCGCACCAAUGGGGCGCUGAUAGAAGGCCCCUGGAGAUAUGAUCUGCCUCUAAAAUCGGGAACACUAGUGGAUCUGAGGGAGGUGGAUGAUUUCUGGUCAAUUCAGGUUUCAUAUGAAGAUUUCUCCGCUCCUGGAGUCAGAUUUGGAGGUCUCGCGGAGCUGGCGGCGUGCCUCCAUUGUUGGUAG